AUGGCCCAGUGCCCGCUGCUGCUGCCGCUGCUGCUGCUGCCGCCGCUGCUGGCCGCCGAGAGUCCGGCCGCGGACCCGGCAUGGGCGGCGUCCCCGCGGGCAGCACCGGUGCGCCUGAAGCUGUGCGGCCGAGAGUUCGUGCGCGCCGUCAUCUUCUCCUGCGGGGGCUCCCGCUGGCGCCGCGCCGGCCCGGGCGCCGCCUUCCCAGACUCAGACCUCAAUGCAGAUGAUGGCCUGGACGCGGCCUCCAGCGAGUGGCUCUCCUUUGCCCUGGCCAAGGACCCCCAGGACCCCUACAGGGGUCAGCGCGGCUGGCAGGGGGCCCCGGGGAUCCCGCGAGUCACCCGUGAUAUCCCAACUGGGCUCUCCAGCUACUGUUGCAAACUGGGGUGCAGCAAAACAGAGAUCAGCAGACUCUGCUAGAGGGACACCCCUCACCCUGCCUGCUGCUGCCCUCCAAACUCCCUCCAGCCCCCCACGUGGCCACCCCCCAGCAUCCCUAGUGGCUGCUGCCAGCCUGCCCUCCUGGCCUCUGCUCUCCCUAGCCCAACGGCCCCCC